GCCAAUCGCUCCGCAUCACGCCACCUCGAAGGUGGGGUGGCCCCGUUUAUCUGGAGCAGUCGCGGUCUCCUGUCUCCACACUCAUCUGGCAUUUGCCUACAUUACUGCACUUAACUCGGUGUCUUCAGCUAUCGAUAUGUCGUCGCCUGUGGAGAGCAGCUACACAUAUGAGAACUACAAAGAAACAGCAGACUGGCUAUUGGCUAAGAUAAAGGAGAAGCAGAAACCCAAAAUAGCCAUCAUCUGUGGCUCUGGUCUUGGAGGUUUAGCAGAUCUGCUGCAGAACCAGACUGUAUUGCGUUACAAAGACAUCCCACACUUCCGUGAGAGCACAGUGCAUGGUCAUGCUGGUCACCUGGUGUUUGGAGAGCUGAAUGGGAAGUCCUGUGUCUGCAUGAAAGGCCGCUGCCACUUUUACGAGGGUCGCAGCUGCUCUGAGGUGACAUACCCAGUACGAGUGUUCUCCCUCCUUGGGGUGGAGACGCUAAUUGUCACUAACGCUGCUGGGGGACUGAACCCCAAGUUCAAUGUGGGCGACAUCAUGCUGAUCAAAGAUCACAUUAAUUUCCUAGGAUUGGCAGGCCAGAGCCCCUUACGCGGCCCCAAUGAGGAGCGGUUCGGCGUUCGCUUCCCCUGCAUGUCAGACGCCUAUGACCAGGACUUGCUGCGCCUGGCCCAGCAGACCGCAGAAAAGCAAAACUGCUCCUCCUUCCUUCAGCAAGGAGUGUACUGUAUGGUGGGAGGCCCCACCUAUGAGACUGUCGCUGAGGCCAUGCUGCUGCACACCCUGGGGGCCGAUGCUGUCGGGAUGAGCACAGUGCCUGAGGUGGUGGUGGCCCGUCACUGCCGCCUGCGCGUUCUUGGCCUGUCCCUCAUCACCAACAAGGUGGUGAGUGAGUAUGACUGCGCUGACCGUGCCAAUCACGAGGAGGUGCUGGCGACCACUGAAAUGAGGGCUGGGGAGCUGCAGAGGCUGGUCAGCAAUCUGGUGUCCCAGAUAUGACCUGUCGGUGUGGAUGGAUGGUACUUCUUGUGAAAUAAUAAUCACAAGUUAAUCAAUCAUUACAAUCUUGCUGGCAAAACCCAUGCCUUAAAGUAGACCAAUAGUAUGCAUUCCUAACUUGAUUAACAGCAUUUUCACAUACAAGAAACAUUAAAAAAAAAUUUAAAUGACACCGCAUUCUGCCUUAAAAUAAUGUCCAGUAAUUGUGGAUGGCAUCUAUUUAGGAAAGUGACACUAGGGUCACCACCUAAUCCAUGUCAGGGGACACUAUGAGUCGGGACAGGGUUUGUAAAAUGCCAUUUCAAUUAAAGACUUGGAUUUCACUUAAGUACUGAGUUCUUGCUGUGUCCUGAUUGGUCAGUCUCCUGUAAUCAUGCGUGUGUCACUAAUAUUGAUAUGAAACAGCUGGAUGAAUCUUUCAAUCAAGGAAACAAACCAGUAAAGGCACAAGAAGAAUUGAACUAAUCAGCCAAGCACAGUAGCCUUACAGUUUUAAAGUAGUUUGUAAAACCUGAAGUAGCUCAAAGUGACCCCCCCCCCCAUAUGUAUUAGGUGGUCACCUUAACUGACGUGGCUAUGGCAGAGAUGGGGUUGUUCUGGGUAUAGGGUGGACUCUGCAGUUUGUUAUAUUUUCUUUAUGUUUCUUUAUGUAUGCAUGGACCGUGGAAGGCAUGUGAAUAAGGGAGGCCUGGGGAGGCAUGGAGGGUGCCCCCCCCGGUGCUGCGGUCCAUGGUAUUUAGCCAAAAAUGCUUUAUUUGGUGAUGGGUGAGGGGCUACACUUCCAAUGCUGAUGUCCUUGUUCUCUCUUCCGUAUUCAUUGCGCUGUAUGCAGACAAUGUGCCUUCCACAAAUGUUUUAUUAAUAUUUUGCUAUCAGUUACUAAACUGGUUCUUACUAUAUAAAUAUUAAAACAAAUCUGAAGCAUCCUAGUUCUUUAAUAUAAGCUAAUCAUGUGUCUUAUGUAUCCACAAUCAGUUUACCAAAAGCAGAGACACUAUUUUUCAUUUUUGUUCAUGUUUUACAUCAAAAUAUGUUAAUUACUGAUGUGUGAAAAUAAAUGGUAUUAAGGCAGUGAA